CCCUUCCCACUCCAAAACUCACCAUUCCCAUUUCUUUCACUUCCUUCUUCACUUCUCUAUUUCUAUUUCUAUUUCGUGUGUGUCUGCUUCAAUGGCAGAUAGUAGUAGCUCAGCAAGAAUGAGGUGUUCCGUUCCGGAACGUGUCCAACUCCACAUCGCCAUGUUAGCCUUGCAGUUUGGCUAUGCUGGCUUCCAUGUUGUGUCUAGAGCUGCCCUUAACAUGGGCAUAAGCAAAAUUGUGUUUCCAGUUUAUAGGAAUGUUCUGGCUUUGAUCCUCCUUUUACCCUUCGCCUAUUUUCUCGAAAAGAAGGAGAGGCCACCAAUGACUCUUUCUUUUGUGGUCCAGUUCUUCCUCCUCGCAGUUGUUGGAAUAACUGCAAACCAAGGAUUCUACUUGUUGGGAUUGGACCACACAUCACCCACCUUUGCUUCUGCAAUACAAAACUCUGUCCCGGCCAUUACCUUUAUUAUGGCAGCAAUAUGCAGGAUAGAACAAGUACGACUGAAUCGAAAAGACGGGAUUGCUAAGGUGGCCGGAACGGUGUUCUGUGUGGCCGGAGCUUCGGUGAUCACGCUGUACCAGGGUCCCACCAUAUACAGCCCAGCACCACCACUUCACACCACUUCACCAAUGUUGGCUUCACUGGGAGACGCUGAGGGAAAGAACUGGACCUUAGGGUGCAUCUUCUUGAUCGGGCAUUGCUUGUCAUGGGCCGCCUGGCUCGUCUUGCAGCAACCCGUCGUCAAGAAGUACCCCGCUCGCCUCUCCGUCACCUCCUACCAGUGCUUCUUUGGAGUCAUUCAGUUUCUGAUCAUAGCAGCCUUUCUUGAGAGAGACGCCGAUGCUUGGCUUGUCCAUUCCGGUGGUGAACUCUUCACUGUUUUAUACGCGGGAGUGGUAGCAUCAGGGAUUGCAUUCGCUGUACAGAUAUGGUGCAUUGAUAGGGGUGGCCCUGUCUUUGUGGCGGUGUAUCAGCCUGUUCAGACUCUUGUUGUCGCUAUUAUGGCCUCAGUCGCAUUAGGAGAACAGUUCUACUUGGGAGGGAUCAUAGGGGCGGUGUUGAUUAUAACAGGACUGUACCUCGUCUUAUGGGGGAAAAGUGAAGAGAGAAAGUUUGCAGCUCAAAAGGCAGUGAUUCAGUCCCCCGCGGACCACGGGAACAACAGGACCACAAGCCACAUCAAGUCCUCGUCGUCCCUUGCUCAGCCUCUACUCCCACAGUCAACCGAAAAUGUUUGACCACCACACCCUUAACUUCUCUAAGCUCUUCUUCUAACUACAGCUUCUUCUGCAGCCCACCCAAAAAAAAAAAAAAAUCUACUAUGCUGUAUAAAAGAGGUUGGUGUGUGUUUGUUCUUUUUUAUUAUUUUUAUUUUUAUUUCUUUUAGGUUUUUUAUUUUUAUUUUUAUUUUCCAACAGCUUUCUCUCACUAAGAGAGAGAGAGAGUGAGGGCUUAAGGGGCUGAAUGUGAUGAUCAUUCUCUUUUGAUGUGGGGCCUUAGGGAUGAAUUAUGGCCCAUAUGGUUUUAUAUGUUAAUUUUAUGGUUAUGGUUUGAUUUACGAGAAAAGAUAUGGAAUGAAUUAUGAAGUUAAUGCUUGUUGUGAUCA